CCAAGUCCUAUCGUUGCGAUCCUCAGCAACGGCAGCUCGCGCACACGCAACGGGUGCAGCAAAUACAACAAAAACCAUGACUUUGAGUACCGCAUCAACGGCAGCUUCACACCGGCCACCAUGACGUCGGUACUGGGCCACGUUCUGGAGCUCGAUUUCACCGGCGACUUUCGCAAAUGGCAGGCGUGCAACCCGCAGCAGCUGUUCACAGCGCCGCUAGUCACCAGUACCAACGAGAAGCUGCAGGACACCGCACGCAAUGGCGAGGGGAUCGGCAGUGAGGUUCGCGCAACUCGGGCGCAUUUCUCGUCGGCAAUGCAGAGCCCGCGCGAGUUGGACAUGCAGCUGGUGGCGGCGCGGAUCGGCUCGGCAUUGACGCGGUUCCAGACGCUGCGCCUGCAGUCGCGAUUCGAGCCCAUCAAGGACCGCCUGGUGAGCUACGGCCCGUGCCAGUUCCCGACCCUGGGCUUUGUUGUCGACCAGUUUCUGCGCGUCGAGCGGUUCGCGCCCGAGCCGUUCUGGCUCCUGUUCCUGGAGCACCAGAAGCCCGAUGGUCCGCGCGGUCAUGCGUGCUUUGCCAUCUACAUGCAGUGUGUGCAAUCGCCGACCGUGCGGAUUGUGUCGGAGAAGUGGCGGCCGCUACCAUUGACCACAGUGGAAUUGCAGACGUGCUGCGCCCGCUUCCUGCGUAUGUCGCCCGACUCCAUCAUGGGCGUGGCCGAGGGUCUCUACAACCAGGGCUUCAUCAGCUACCCGCGCACAGAAACCGACCAGUUCGACCGAUCCAUGGACCUGCAGGGCACUGUGGCGAAACUGACGCAGUUCCAGCCCCUGGCAGCCUACGCCCAGCGCCUGGUCAAUGGCGAGUUCCGGUGGCCGCGCCAGGGCAAAAACAAUGACAAGGCACAUCCGCCGAUCCACCCGCGCGUCUACGAGUUCAUCACCAGGCGCUUUCUCGCGUGCUGCUCCGAUAACGCCAAGGGCCAGGCGACCGAGCGCUGGUCCGAGUCCACCGGCGAUACCUUCACGCCCACCGCACGACCACGGCACCGAAAACUGCUGACUGAGGGCGAACUGGUCAAGAUCAUGGACCGCAAUGGCAUUCGGCACCGACGCCACAAGAUCAUCGACCGCGAGUACAUAUUCAAAGGCGCCCAAGGCCUGAGCCCCUCGACGCUGGGUGUCGGCCUGCAGGAGCUGCGCAAAAUCUGCCUUGGCCACAAGCACAAGCAGGAUGUCGUGCGCGAAACCCUGCAUCUCUACCAGGCUGUCUACACAAAGUCUGCCAAUGAAAUCGAGAAGCUCGAGCUGGCCCUCGGCCGCUGCAUGGGUGUGACGCCCACUAGCGACCCGGCGUGGCAGCCCAAUAAUGUAGUCAAUGCCGACGUCUGUAUGUGCCCGCAGUGUCCUGGCAGCUGGCGUCUGCGCGCCCGUCAGAAUGGCUCGUGGAUGAUCGGAUGUGAUCGGUAUCCGCAGUGCCGUCGCGCUGUCUGGGUACCCGAUGUCGUCGAGAAUAUGCAGGUUAGUGAGGUAGCGUGUUCGAUGUGCGUGGGGAAUCCGCGCGGCCCGGCUAAAUUGCUGGAAAUUGUCUUCAGGCAAGGCUCCGUGCCCCCGGGCGUGCCGACGCCGUACCAGGGGUGUGUGCGCGGCUGUGACGAGCUCAUCAGCGAAAUGUUUGGUUCGAAUUCUGGCGGUGGCGGUGGCGGUGGCGGGAACCCUGCACUACCAAACACCGCAGGCAGGCCGGUAUCCCACCAAAACCAACUGCCGCCGCCUAGCAGACCACGCCUGGUUACCCAGAAGCCGGGGCCCAACAAGGGCCGGGCAUUCUUCAAGUGCGCCCGCGCGGCCGACGCCCAGUGCGAUUUCUUCCAUUGGGCCGACCAGCCCACCAAUUCCUCCGACCUCUUCCCAGUGCAGUCCAGGCUCCCCAAGCCCAAGUGCAAAUGCGGCCUGUUUGCAUCGCUGAAGCAGACGUCGGAGAAGGACGCCGAGGCGUAUAUGGAGGGCGCGCUGAUUCAGAAUGCUGCCGGGUCGCAGUGCUACAGGUGCCAGCAAGCCGGCCAUUGGGCUAGGGACUGCCCAAAUGCUGAGCCUGGUGGCGAAGGGAGUUCCCGGAAGAGCGCUGGCGGCCCAGGUGCGCAGAGGCAGAGGAAGGGGAAGGGGAAGGGGCAGAGGUAGAGGGAGAGGGAGAGGUGCGAAGCAGAAUGGCCCAGUAGUGAAGGAUGUUGAUCCGAAUUUCCAGUUCUGGGAUUGACAUGUCGCGGUGGUACAAUACAUUGCCCAGCACAUUAGCUUACAACCACGAUACGCGGUAUUUAAAUACACAGUAUUAACACCAGUACGCCCCCCUCCUACACUCUAGGUUCCACCAAUAGACCAGCCAAUCUACUAAAUAGGCUCCAAUAAGGCAAGGCACUGGGCAAUUUCUCUGCAGUGGUUUACUAUAUUUCUUAUUCCUUGCGUCCUCCCACAUCGAUG